CGAAGUGGAACAUUUUCGAGACGACACCAGCUAUGGUAAAGAAACCCGAUGGAGCUCGAAUAGUUUCAUCGAAGUGGAACUUUUUCGAGAAGACACCAAUUAAGGUAAAGAAACCCUACGGAGCUCGAAUAAUACUCCGACCAACUGACUGGUGGUCUUACGUGUUCCAAAGAUUUUACGAGAAUCCCAGAAUCCUCCAAGAGAAUGAUAUUGUGGUGUCUGAUUUUUGUCUGAACAAUGAAGAUUUUUUAGAUAAAAAUUCGGCCUACUUCGUUGGAAUGCUCCAUGAGAAUAUAUUAUUGCUUAGAUUAAAAAUACAUCCAACUCUCCAUGGCAUUGAUGUAGCUUAUAGAACAAGCAUGAGCUCUGUAGUGCAAAAAGUGUAUUACGACUCCUCCAGUUCUCAAGGGAAAAUGAUUCAACCUGGAUUUUGCUACCAUGCUACAAUACUUCUUGCACCUAAUGAAACUAUUGUUACUCUGAACGGCGUAAUGUUAGCGCAAUUUUCAAGAUAUUAUCACCCAAACGAAAUUAUUAAUCUCAAACUAGAUAACAGGGCGCUUCUACUUUCGUCUUCUACAACAUUUUAUAUUAUUUGAUUAUUUUUCUUGACAAAAUUUCCUGUCUUCUGUUGCAGCAGCAUUUCGGAACUCUCACACAGGCACAGAGAAAAUGAUAGAGUGACAUGACUUUAAGAAAUUAUACUAAGCAAAUUAUUUUAUUUCGCCAGACAUCUCUUGGUUACAGAAAUAUUGUUCGUAUAAACUUUUAUCUGAUUCCACAAUAAUAUAUUUAAUAUAUAUAUAUAUAAUAUAUCUAUGGGUGUUUGUUUUACCCAAUUACAGAUCAUAACUUUAUCAGAAUAAAU